AUGGCGGAGCGGUUCCUGGCCUUCGUCCACCUGUGCUGUUUCCUCUGGGCCUCGUUCUCACUCUCUCAGAACGUGGGCAUGCCCCACUCCCUCCGCAGGGAGAGCGAGAACACCUACGGCGGCCGCUGGAAAUACCUGACCUUCAUCAACCAGAUUCUGCAAACUCUAUUGUUUGGAAUAUGUGUCAUAAUUGACUUUGCUCAUAUGUUCAUCCCUGCCACAAAGAACAGUAUGGCAUCCCGAUUGUUGCCUCCAAGAGACUUCAUCUUCUCAGUGCUAGUAUUCCCUGUUGGCUUAUUUGUAGCUGUUACUUUUUGGACCCUUUAUGCAUAUGACAGAGAAUUGGUAUACCCUAAAGAACUGGAUGAGAUUAAUCCAUAUUGGCUUAAUCAUACCAUGCAUACCACUAUACUGCCACUACUUCUUAUUGAGCUGAUUACAUGUCCACAUAAAUAUCUUUCUAAAUUGAAGGGAAUGAUAGGACUUAGCAUCUUUGGUACUUCAUACCUCACAUGGGUACUAUGGGUAAAUUAUGCAUCAGGAAUUUGGGCAUACCCAAUUUUAGAAGUACUAGGCGUACCUGGAAAGGCGGUACUUUUUACCAUUUCCUACCUUGUAAUGAUAGGAUUCUACUUACUUGGAGAGCAUCUAACAAAGUUAUUAUGGGGUGACUUUCGAAAAUAUAAGAAGCAAGCAUAG